CACGACUGUCCAAGCGCAAUGAAUCGUCCGUGCACGCGUCGUCUCGUAAGGCCCCGCUGACUGGCCGCCAACGACGUCGACAACGCCCCAGCACCCGCCGACGCCCCCACACCGUGAUCCCCGCCUUGCGUCGCUUGAACCCCGCCCACCGCCAUGCCCAACACAGUCCGCCCCCGCGACGACAAGGAGCGGUCCGCGCGGGCCCAGGAGCAGGCCUUCAAGCGCGCAAGAGGUGCCAUAUCUUGCGCAGAAUGCCGUCGCCUCAAGCUCAAGUGCGACAAGACCGUCCCGUGUUCGUCUUGCAAACGAAGAGGCUGCUCUUCCAUCUGUCCCAAUGGGAGCCUUACCACUGGUCAGGGUACCAGGCUUGGCCACCUGCUAGGUUCUCGUCCUGACUUCUCGGGCGGAUUAUCCUUUCAGUCCGGACAAGACCUACGAGUUGCGGAGCAGGCGUUCUCGCGUAUGAUCAUGGGUCCUGUGUGGGCUUGCACAGAGCUUGAAUUUAUCCUGGCGGACACCGACCGCCUACACCGAAAGAUCGCGGAGAUGAGCGACCGCAUCCGCGAACUCGAAGACUCGCUCGCGCUCCUCCAGUCGUCCGUGUCGCGCGAGACGCACCCGUUGUUGUCCCGCGAUCGUCUCAAAAUCAAGUCCGGCCUGGAGCUGCACUCGGCGGCAUCCAGGCUGGGCGGCGACGGGUUGUUCGAAGAGGAAGAAGAGGAAGACGAGGAGAGCGAGUACAUCGACUCGUUCGGGACGCUCGCGGUGCGCGACGACGGGGCAGCGACGUUCUACGGCCGCUCCGCCGGCUCCGAGAGUCUACUUCUGGACGAAAAACCGGGGCCUGCAACAGCUCCGCCUGAACGCCCGCCCAACAAGGGCCCGAUGCUGCCCGCCUCCCUCGCGCGACUCACGACGUCGUUCCCGUCCGCGCCGUCGGACAUCCCCGCGGAGGACAUGCAGGAGCUGAUCGAGGAGCACCUGCCGCCGUGGCCGCGGGCAGCGCAGUUGUGCGACCUGUACCUGGAGCAGGCGCCGUGGUUCUUUGGCGCGGUGACGCGGCGGCAAUUGUUGGAGGAAAUCUUGCCACUUUUCUACGACGAGGCGGCGGAAGGUGCGAAAAGCGGCGCGCUGAGUAGCUCCGCCGCGGCGUUUGCGCUGGGGAGAGAGGGCGGCGGGACCGGUGGCUCGUCGCAUGACUUGGCGCUGUUGUUUGUGAUAUUCUGCUUUGGCGCGCUGACGGACGUCGACCUCCCACCGGCGCCGCAUAACCCGGAGGCCGAGCGGUACUUUCAGCUCACGAGGGCUGCGCUAAACCUUGAGCCAGUGCUCGAGCGUCCGCCGAGUGUCGUCACCGUGCAGACGCUCAGUCUCAUGGCGAUCUAUCAGGGCUUGGUUGCGGACGAGAAUAGCAUCGAGAGUACGUGGGCGCUCAUGGGGCUAAGCUCAAAACUUGCGCAGAGUAUCGGUCUUCAUCGUGACUGUGCCCGCUGGAAGCUAUCACCAGCAGAAGUACAGAAGCGUCGCGCGCUGUUCUGGGAAGUGUUUAUCACUGACUGUUGGCAAGCACUCGCCACCGGCCGUCUAUCCACUUUCUCCCUCCCCUUCGUCGACACCGAACUCCCUGCGGACCCCGAUGAGACGCUCGCAGAGGACGGCACGCCUCAGCUGUCUUUCCCUGCGUGGAAAGCGCGCUGGGGUAAAGAAUGUGUCUCGGAGGUCGUCCAGGGCACGCUCACGUCGCGCGCCCCGAAAUACACUGUCAUCCUUGAACUCGAUCGUAAGCUGAGAGACAUGCCACUGCCAAAAUACGCCACCGGCUCGCCGCCAGAAGGGAAGGGCCUCUCGGAAACGAUGAGCCACUACAUGCCGAUCAACUACUUACAUCUGACUCUGCUUUAUGUGCAUAGAUGCUUCUUCGCGCAAGCACUGAGCGACCACCCGACGGACCCGCUUCGGAGCCCGUACUCGCCGUCUUUCCUCGCUGGCUAUCGGAGUGCGUGCAUCCUGUUGAGCUCGCUCCGCGAGCAGUUCAACCUGUUCCCGAUACAAAUUGCCAGAUUCUGGGUCUUGUGGACGCAUGCGUUCUCCUCCACUGUGAUGCUCGCUUCGGUCGUUACCCAUGGAGGUACGACAAAGACGGCACAGGCAGCAUUGGGAGAGCUGAGACUGGCGUAUGACUUGUUUGAGAGUGCUGCGAAGCAUGGCGGGCGCGCUGUGAAGUUCUUGCCGAUCGUCCGGAGACUACACGACAAGGCAUACGCGACUUACACACAGGGCCUCCCACCUGUCCGUGAUAUCUUCGCACCUCGCGUGGACGCCGGCCAGCACGACGAGCUCCAGAUCUUCAGCGGUCGUACGCGGACCGUCGCUACGAAAUCUCACAAUAUCCAGCGAGUGCGCUCCGUCUCGAGGCGUCGUCCGGGGGCUUCCAGUAGCACGCCGAGCAGCUCGACGUCAGGACCUAUCUCGCCGGACUCUACCACGUCCCCUGGCUCGGGUUCGGGCUCCAGCCGCUCGUCGGAGAGCCCGCAGGUAACCUCCGUGGAUAUGUUCCCGGCCCUCCAGAGCUAUGGGGGCGCGGUGCACCCGAUGCUCGUGGACGAGAUGCACGGGUUUCAGGGCGCGCUGGACGACCAGAUCCGGGACGUCAAUGCGUAUUACAUGAGCAAACAGGAGGAGGCACGGUUGGAAGAGCAGAGGCGGUAUGGUGACAUGCAGCAAUCAGGGAGCUAUCCUACUCCGCCGGACUACCAGAGUCCGCCGCAGAAAUAUGAGAUGUCGCAGGGCUACGGAAGCACGCAUGGGUAUGAAGGCGUAGAGGGGCAUUCGGGUCACCAGGAGUAUUCAGAAUGGUACCCCGCACCACCGCAGACGCACGGACAGCCUGAGCAUGAUCAGGCUAUGUCCCAAUACCCAGGGCGCACUUCGCAGCUCGUCCCAGUAGAUCCGCAGCAUGCAGGAUUCGCCCAAGGCCACUCACAACCAUACCCGUCGUACCACGCUGGCGACAGCAAUCAUACCACGGUUCCUCAUGGACAGUAUCACGGUUUCCCUCCUGCCAUGCAUGCCCCGGCAUACCAUUCCGAUAUGCCGCCCCCGCCUCCUGCGACCCGCUCCCAGCUGUGGCAAGUCCCUCCAGGACAAACUGGACAUGAACUCGGGUACCCGACGACGCCUAUUGACUACCCUUCUCAGCCCACUCAGCCCGUGCAUCCUGGCAAUUCGUAUGGUCACGCACCGACGCCUAGCCUCAGCCGGAGUCACAGCAUGACCCAGAUGCGUCAGGAUCCGUCGAUGGCCCCCCAGCCGGUGAUGAAUGUGCAUUACAGCUUGCAGGAGACCUGGAAUUCGUUCGUGCAGCAUCAGCUGCCCACGCCCGUCGCCCCGCAGCCGCCCCCGCAAGGACUCGGAUAUGGUGGUGCUGGAGCUUGAUCGGGUACCUCUGUGCUCUUCCGUCUGUACUUGCUCCUUCUCGGAUAGCUGUCUAUGCUUUUUUGCUACUCGUUAUGCUAUCAGAUUGUUUGCAUCUCUAGAUAUCCUAGCUUGAAUGUACCGUUGUGUUGUUAGGGGGUCGGGCAAGUACCCGGUACCGGUCCUGCUCUCUUAGAUUGCUUGCAAGGUCCCCUCCUGGCCCGUUUUGUCAUGCCGAUACACAUCCGUUAUGCAGUUCUUCACUUUGCAAACGCUUGAAUGCUGCGUUUCGAGCAUCCCUGUAGGUGCACUGUAACUUUCAGUACUCAGUACACACCGUGACCGGGGUCGACUCCCUGGCGCUGGUGCGG